UGAAUCUUCUAUUUGUCACUUUGGGACCUCUGUAAAGGAAGUCAGAUGGGGAACAAGGACCAACUAGUAAUCAAGUGCUGUUGCCAUGGAGGUGAAAUCGUAUUGCAGUAGCAAUGUCUUACCUUGUUAUUAAUCAGCAUGACAAUGAAGAGUUUUAUAACACUGGUCCUAGUGCUCUGCACUCAGUUAUUAUCAGUGCAUUCUGCAUCUGAGACGCUUUGUACUGACACCAGUGUUAAUUGUACUUGUGAUCUUAGUAAAUACAAUUCAACAAAUAGUCCUCCGCUUCCAACUGUUGAAUGCCUUAGUGGAGCUAUGAACAUCUAUAUUCCAAAGUGCCAGCUGAUAAAGAGCCAGUAUAAUGCCUCUACUUUGGCACUGAGUAAUAACACUGGAUCUCAAUGUCAAAGUGCUGAAUAUUUUGUGAAUAAUGAAACUCAAGUCGUUUUUCAAGAUCCGCUGAGGAUGGGGCAAUGUGGCAACACUGUAACUAUAAAUGCAACUUAUGUCACUUAUUCCAAUAUUCUGCACAUUUAUGCUGGAGGACCCCUCAUAACCAGAAGUAAUGUUACUGCAAAUGUGAGCUGCUCCUAUCCCUUAAGCUCUAAAAUUCAACUUAACGUCACUCUAAAUCCAGUAGUUUCGACCACCCAGUUAUCUGUUCCAGGAGCAAUUGGUGCUGUGACUGUUACCAUGGCAGCUUUUACAGAUCCCGCAUAUAGCGCUGUAAUUACUGAUCAGACUUCACUUACAGUGGAACAAACUAUAUACUUUUCAAUUUCGGUGCCAGACCUGGAAGCAGAUUCACUUUCAAUCAAAGUGCUAAGGAUAUAUGCUGGACCAGGGGGAACAAAUCCUAAUUCUGGAGUGUUUUUUAAUCUGACUACUGGAUCGAAUGGGUGCCCAGACCCCAGUUAUGGUACUAAUCUAAUCAAUAUGACUAAAAAUGGAGCUGGAUCUGAAGCAAGAUUCACAAUGCAGGUCUUCCAGAUUACCGGCUAUGAUUCUGUCAGCAUCUAUGCGGAUGUAACACUUUGUCAAGGCACAUGUAUUACGACUUGUAAUGCCAACAGCAGAUCAGCUGAUAUUAGCACUGGUGACAAUGUAGCAAGAAUCGGCCUAGACCUAUCAACUGACGGAAAUUUCCUUACUGGAGCCGUUGACCGGGUCAACAUGCCAUGGACACUGUUUUCACUCAUCUCAUCUCUGCUGUUUGUGAAGUUGAUGUAAAUGCAUUACGGUUUCCCAAUAGUGCCAAUAUGGGACUCCACAACCAAAUCAGACUGGAUUAAAAAAACGUUCUUAUUUCCUUCCUUUGUGCGUUAAUCUUCAUUAUUUACUUUGCACUCGUAACAAUUAUAUAAAUGAAAAAAGACAAGAUGCAACAAAAUAAAAUAGUGCUGGUCUAUGUCAACCUACAUAUAUGUCACAGUAUUCACACUGUGUUUGGAUGUGGUCGAAGGACUGGUAUGUUAAUACCUGCUUGCUACGCUUAUUUAUGGAUCAUGGACAUAUUCAGACUGUAAACUAUUUGGGGCAGGGAUCGCCUCUGUACUAAAGGACUACUGCUUUGAACUUUUGCAAUCCACAGUAAUAUUUCUCCUGUGUGUAGCUUUACAUGUGGAAAACAUACAUGUAUUACUUACAUGCACAUGACCUGUCAAGCUGUAUUCCAUAUGUAUUCAAAAAUAAAGUUUUAUUUUAAU